AUGAAUGCAUUUGUUUCCACAACGUUGAUAUCUUCGUUCCCUAGGGGAUUGAAUGUGAUUUUGAUGGAGGAAAAAACAAACAAAUGUCGUGAGUUGUGUGCUAAGUUCCAAGCUCCUGAGCCUGCCCCAUUGGACUGGACUAUAGUUCGUGGCCCCGACGGCAGAUUUGCCCGUGGCGGCCCGAGUUCUUCCGCCGUAUCUGAGCGUGCAGGAGGAAGUUUUGACGUGGCCUGGGGUGCGGUGACCUUGGCGUUCUUGUACAGGCAGCUCGGAAUGGCAUCUAGGGCUGGUUGCAAGACCAUUGCUGGAUGCCUCACAUUGCUCCAGACAUGGAUCUAUGAGUACUUCCCCGCUUUCCGCCCUCAUCCUCGCCGAGAUGAUGUGCCAAACAUGACUAGGGCGGAGAUGUGGACGCCGAAGAAAGUAGGUCGUGAGCUGGACAGGUUGAUGGAGUUCCGCAAGGUUCUGGACUCAAUGACAGAGACUCAGGUUGAAUGGACUCCCUACAAUUUUUCUGCUGCUGCGUUGCUGAAUGAGCACCCACGCACCACAGUCAUCGGGGGUAUCACCUGCUUUGAUGUUGUGGAGGUGUAUUUGCCGGAGCGGGCAUUGCGACAGAUUGGGUUCGUGCAGUCUAUUCCUCCAGCUCCUAUUAGACCAGCCAAGGCUCUUCGACCGGCACACGGAACCUACUCCGUGACCUUUCCUUCUUCUGCUGCUGCAUUUGUGGAGGCGUGGAGUAGGUUCCCCUACAGUGCCCGCCUUGUAGAGCAGGGACUUCGACGGGCUACUGUUCCUUCAGAGACUGAACCUAAUUACGUUGAAUGGUUUAGAGUGUGCUCGCACCCGUACAUAUCCCGAGACGAAUUGCUGGCUUUCGGUCCUGGUCCUGGUCAGAGCAGAUCUGAUUACUUCGCGAAAGAAUGGGCCAGUCGAUUCGCUCCAGUGGCAAGACUACCUACGCGGAUUACGGAUUUGAACUCCCGUCAACGACAUGCUUUAGAAAUAUACCUUAAUGAUUGUAGAGAUUUAUUUGAUGAAUGGCAAAUUGAUCAAGGGUAA